UUUCAAACUAUUUUAUUUGUCUUUACUUUUUCAGAUUUUCACUCCUCGACACAUUUUACAACAGCCACCGUUCACAACUCAACAACCAUUUUAACAUGCAGGUGUUACGCUAAUCCUUCAUGUAAAAUUGUGCCGCACAUUAUAACUACUUAUAGAGAAGGACAAGAUAAUCACGACUCGGUUACCACAUUUACUGAGUGCAAAGCUGAUCCGCUUCGAGAAAAACAAAGGAAAUGUACUAGAGUUAUCUCAGUGAUGCAUGUUUACAAGGAGGACAAUGGUAAAGAGAUGAGCUGUAUAUUUCAAUAUAAGAAUGUGACAGACUAUCUUAUCAUGUAUCCCAAAGUAAAAGUUUUAUUUCCACCAACACUUGUAAACAUCUCGGCAGAAAUGGUUGAUUCUAAAUUAACUUUAAACUGUUCCACGGAUUCUUCUAACCCGGUAUCUUCAUUAACAUGGCGAAGGGGUGUCAGUCCUAAAACCUUUGUAAAUGAUGUAAUAGUGAGUGGUUACAAUGAAUAUACAAGGGAUGCUGAAUACAAUGGUAAAAAUAUAACUCAAGCUAUUGACAUUGAUCCAAAGCAUAUAGACAUUGGAGAGACCAUCUUCUGCUGUGCCCGCUAUCAAACUCAACAAAUAUGUGAUUCUAUGAGCCUGAACUCUUUUCAGAUAUCUGAAGGUUGUGUUUCUAAAUCAAGUUUAGCAACAUUAUUUAUUGGUAUAUUCCUGCUCCUUGUGUAAGAAAGACAGACGUGUCCGUUCUCUUUGAAGACACAUAUUGAUGUCUAAGAAGAUCUGCAUGGUUGAUAAUUACUAAGUUAUAACACAACUUCUUUAAUUAAUUAGUCAUGGCUAUCAUUUCUUAUUUAAUUGAUGCUUUAUAUCUAGUCGGUCGAAUGUUGGCAUUAUAUUUAUUUAUCAUAAAUUUAUUUAUUUUUUAUUUUUAGUUUUUUUAAUUUAAUAUUCUUUUAGUUGUCAUUUUGAUCUAUAUAAUAGAUCGAAAGAUUUAAAAAAGUUGCGUUCCAUUUUUAUCUACAAUUGUAUAUUUCUGACAUGUUUUCUAUUUUUUCUUGUAUUAUAUAAAUAAAGUUUACAAACCA